AUGGACAUCAGCCCGCCCAACCCCCAGCUGUCGAGCUUGUCGGCCUCCCGCCCCUCGUCGACGCGGGGUCCGCUCGCCGGGGGUCGUCAGAUUACCCGCAACCGCGCCAGCUACAGCUGCCACGCCUGUCGUCGUCGCAAAGUCAAGUGUGACAAGGUUCACCCGAUAUGCGGAAACUGCACAAAGACCGGGGCCGGGUGCGUGUACGACGUCUCGUCGGACAAGCGGGAUGAUGCGUCAGAGGGAUCGAGUCGCUCGGCUCAGGGCGUGAAACGCCGCCGAGGUACCCCGCGCAUCUGGGAGGAGGAUGUCGACGAACUCCAGUCUAUAUAUGGGCACUUGCGACAGGCCGGGUCGACCGGAGAACACAAGUCGGACCAGCGUGCCAUUGAAGCGCGGCUGGACAAGCUGAUGUCGAUGAUUGAGAAAAUCGGGGGAUCGGGUCGCUCGCUGGACGAGGACGAGAGGCAAGCAGGCGCUGCGUCGGCCAGCACCGAAUCGUUACUAUUCGAGCAGUUGCGGCAAAACAACAUGCGCAAUGGCAAGUCGGUUCCGUCAAGUCCCUCCAGUCCACGUCGGGCAGCGGCCGAGUCGAGUGGCGACGAAUUCCCCAUCCCAUCGGGUCAGGCAACGGACCUAGUCGAUCCCGUCGGCAGCCUCAAUCUGGGCCAUCUGAGCCUAGAUGAUGGGGGCAGAUCCAGAUAUGUUGGAACUACCUACUGGGCGUAUAUUUCUCAUGAGAUCAAUGACCUCAAUCAAUUGUUACGAGAUCAAAAUCGUUCUCACGAUAUGCCUUCUUCCGAGACGCCCAACGAAGACCCGAAUGGUCCCAGUGCUGAUAGUAGGAGACAAUGGAGAGUAUCCAUCGACAGCUCGCCCAUGUCAACAACAUCUCGACCCCGUGAUGGAUCGUUUCAGCAGUCGAUCAUCUUCCCUUCGGGCGAAUCUCCAUCAAUGAACGACAAGGUUGUGGAGCCGGAGAUGCUAGAACAUGUCCCGAGCCGGCGACAAAGCCACAUCCUAUAUAAGGGUUUCAUGUCCGGUGUGCAUGCCAUCAGUCCGGUUGUUCAUCCACCUACGGUCCUCAAACUCUAUAAUGCGUUUUGGGACUGGUAUGACUAUACCAGCUACUCCGGAGAGUCUUGUCCCAAUCCCUCUUUUAUCCCUCUUCUUUACGCCAUCUGGUAUGGUGGCUCCGUCACGAUCUCCAUUCGCACUAUCAAGGCUGAAUUCACUCCGCCGUCACGAGUCGCCCUCUCGGCAAAGUAUAACGAAGAGGUCACUCGCUGGCUUACCAAAAUAUCCUUCCCACGCAGCCCAUCACUCCAGGGCUUGUCGGCAUAUCUGAUUGUUCAAACGAUUCUCUCCAAAGAGGAAGAGCCUCUGACUAGCAGUCUGUUCGUCAGUCUCGCAAUGCGUGUAGCGCAGACCAUGGGUCUCCAUCGAGACCCUGCCAAAUUCGGCAUUGAGGCGUGCGAGGCAGAGUACAGGCGCAGGCUAUGGUGGCAUAUCAUGCACAUGGACGGUGUUGUGGCAAUGUCGAGCGGUCUUCCACCAUUAGUAGGCGAUGAGAACUAUUGGGAUGUGCGCGAAACAAGCGAAGUCAAAGAUUCACUGCUAGGAACACCUGCGGCAGAACGAUAUGACCAGUUCGUUGCAGCACAACAGCGAAUUCCAGACAAUCCUGAUGACCCAACCAUCUGUGGUGGGCCAUCAAUGGUAAACGUCUUCUACCUCACUGCGAGAGGCAAAUACAUCAUGGCUCGAGCCAUUCGCCGCAUUUUGAAGAUUCAACUUGGAACAAAGCCAGUCACUCGUCAAGAUAUGGAGGAGUUGCGGUCGAUUCUUCUCGAUCUGCAACUCAAGUUGAAUUCCAUCGUCAACAGAAUUCCUGAGUCUCAAAUCACCAGCAGCGGAUCGGGUUCGUCGGGACGAGCGCUCUCCAUGUCGAAGUCCCCCGUCGAGUCGCAUACCACUGAGAGCGAGCUUCCAGGCGAAGGUCCUAAUGGCUGUCCCGAACAAUAUCACUCCGCAGUUUUGGUUUCUUAUCACAAAUGGGCACGCAUUAUUCUAUCGUUGUAUAUUGACAAGGCAUUCUGUGUCGCCUACCAGCCUUUCCUCAAAAACGCUCGGAGCCGGAUCUGGCCUGCAGCACGGCAGAGCGCUCUUCGCCAUUGUCAUGGCUUCAUGGACAAGUUUAUCCAGCUUGCUACAGACCCCGACUUCCAACCGUUUCAGUGGAGCUGGCCAGGAAACCAUCAACCUAUGCACGCCACGAUGAUUAUGCUCAUCGACCUAUAUGAGCGCCCAUACAGUCCCGAGGCAUCCAGGUCACGCGCCUUCAUCGACCGCAUCUUGGCUCUGUCUGGUCCAGACGGGGGAGUAGUGGGUGGAGAAGAUGGCGUAUCUACCCAGAGGCCUCUCAAAGAUGGCGGUCGUGAGGCAUGGGACAUGAUCCGCCGGCUGCGUCAGAAGGCAUGGCAGAAAGCUGGACUUAACCCCCAAAUGCUGUGGACCGAGCAGGACCAAAUUCAGGCUGGCAUAUCCUCGCCUGCUCCAGAGCCCAACAGUAUGCGAGGUCCAGUUUAUCCAGAUGCUUCGUCACCUUCUGCCUCAACAAUGGCCCAGCGUCCACCUCCACCCCCAGAUCACCAGCUUACGGACUUUAAUCGAACAUUCUAUAACAUGACACGAACCCACAUCCCUCCAACAUCCGCUGUGUCUUCAGCCUCUCUUCGGCCUAGUCCUCUGCGAUACUCCUAUCAGCCUCCCCCGCCGAAUCAAACUGGCGCUACCGCAGCAACCACCAGGUAUAAUAAUACGCCUGCGGCUGUCAUGCCAACUGCUUCAGUUGCUUCUCAAUCUAUCUCGGCGACUUCGCCCGAGGCAAUGAAUAUGCCCACCCCACCAUCUAUGGUUGACCCCAACCUCAACUUCGACUGGGAUCAAUGGGAUGCAGUCUUUGGGCAACACCUUCCGGUCUCGGAUGAGCUCAUGGAGCUUGAUCCUGUUUCUGGAUUGGAUUUUGCCAACCUUGGCAUUCCAACCUCUACCCCGGCUGAUUCUGCCGUCGAAUUCAGCGGGUUACCAGCUGCGCCACAUCCUGCUGAUCCAGGUCUUCCAGCUGCCUGGACAGAUAAUAGCGCCAAUCCGGGAACUUCCCCCAGUGACUGGAGA